AUGGACACGUACGAGCGGAAGAAGGAGGUGUGGAGCGCCAUCGAAGAUAGCGACGGCGUUCGCCUGAGCUGGAAUGUCUUUCCCAGCUCUCGCAUGGAAGCUUCCAGGCUGGUUGUCCCCAUCGGCGCCCUCUACACGCCCCUCAAGGAGAAACCCGAUGCCCCUCUUCUGCAAUUCGAGCCCGUCACCUGCAAGCAGCCUUGCCGCUCUGUCCUGAACCCCUACUGCCAAGUCGAUGUACGGGCUCGCAUCUGGAUCUGCCCUUUCUGCCUUUCGAGAAACCCACUGCCGCCUCACUAUAAGGACAUCACGGCCAAUGCAAUCCCCCCAGAGAUCCACCCCUCCAACACGACGAUUGAGUACAGGCUAUCACGCCCGGCCCCGAGCCCCCCCAUCUUCCUCUAUGUCGUCGACAUGUGCCAGGAGGAGGACAGCUUGGCCGCCCUCAAGGAAUCGCUCAUCAUGAGCCUCAGCCUGCUGCCAGAGCACGCUCUUGUCGGCCUGAUCACCUUCGGGACCAUGGCGCAGGUUCACGAAAUCGGCUAUACCGAGUGUGCCAAGUCCUAUGUCUUCCGAGGCAGCAAGGAGUAUACGGCGAAGCAAGUGCAGGAGAUGUUGGCUCUCUCGCAACCCGCAAUGCGCCCCGGAGUGCCCAUGCAACAGGGCAGGCCGAUGCCCAUGGGCCCGGCCUCGCGCUUCCUUCUCCCCGUUCAGCAAGCCGAGUUCCAGCUCACCAAGGCCCUUGAGCAACUCCAAAAGGACCCGUGGCCUGUUUCUAGCGACCGCAGAAACCUGCGCUGCACCGGUGUUGCGCUCUCUGUCGCCGUUGGUCUGCUCGAGACGUCCUUCCAGAAUGCCGGAGGGCGCAUCAUGCUGUUCGCUGGCGGUCCCGCAACCGAAGGCCCUGGCAUGGUUGUUGGUCCGGAGCUGAGAGAGCCCAUUCGGUCACAUCACGAUAUUGACCGUGACAACGUCAAGUAUUAUAAGAAGGCUCUGAAGUUUUACGAUAAUCUCGCAAAGAGAACCGCACACAACGGUCACACUAUCGAUAUUUUUGCUGGCUGUCUCGACCAAGUUGGUCUGCUAGAAAUGAAGGCACUCUGCAAUUCGACUGGCGGCCACAUGAUCUUGACUGACAGCUUCACUUCGUCAAUGUUCAAGCAGUCAUUUAUUCGGAUUUUCGACAAGGAUGCUGACGACAACCUUUUGAUGGGAUUUAAUGCCGUGCUUGAGGUGCUUACGACCAAAGAGCUCAAAGUCACAGGCCUUAUAGGCCACGCGGUGUCUCUGAACAAGAAGUCGACCUCUGUAGGCGAGACUGAGUGCGGCAUUGGCAAUACGUGCUCCUGGAAAAUGUGCGGAAUCGACCCCAACGCCAGUUACGGAAUCUAUUUCGAAAUUGCUAGCCAAGGCGGCCCGUCCCAGCACCAACAACCCGCCCAGCAAGGAAUGAUUCAGUUCCUUACCUACUACCAGCACUCGUCGGGCCAGUUCCACCUUCGUGUCACUACAAUUGCCAAACCUCUCAGCGGGCCCGCUGGAGACCCUACCAUCGCCCAGUCAUUCGACCAAGAAGCGGCUGCAGUCCUCAUGUCCAGGAUUGCUGUCUUUAAGGCCGAAGUCGAUGAUGGUCCGGAUGUGCUUCGGUGGGUGGAUAGAAUGCUCAUCAGGCUGUGCUCGAGAUUUGCCGAUUACCGCAAGGACGACCCAUCAUCCUUCCGCCUCGAAAAGAACUUUACUCUCUACCCGCAAUUUAUGUUCCAUUUGCGGAGAAGUCAGUUUUUGCAGGUAUUCAACAACUCGCCGGAUGAGACGGCGUUCUAUCGGCACGUGCUCAACCAUGAGGAUGUUAGCAAUUCCCUCAUCAUGAUCCAGCCCACGCUCGACUCGUACACGUUUGACCAGGACGCCGGGCAACCCGUGCUUCUUGAUUCGACCUCGAUCCAGCCCACACAUAUCCUCCUCCUUGAUACCUUCUUCCACAUUCUCAUCUUCCACGGCGAGACGAUUGCAGAGUGGAGAAAGGCAGGGUAUCAAGACCAAGAGGGAUACGAGAACUUUGCCGCCCUCCUAGAGCUUCCCAAGGAAGACGCAAGAGAUCUCAUUACGGACCGUUUCCCUCUUCCGCGGUUCAUUGUGUGCGAUCACGGCGGCUCUCAAGCGCGUUUCUUGUUGUCCAAGCUCAACCCAUCGACUUCGUAUACGUCAGGAGCUGGACCCUACGGCGGCGUUGGGGCCCAGAGCGCCCAAACUCUUUUCACCGACGAUGUGUCGUUGCAAUCGUUUAUGGAGCAUCUAAUGAAGUUGGCAGUUAGUGGCACCAACUAA